UUUUUUUCUUGAUUUCUUUCUUUUCUUUCUCUUCUCUGUCUUCUCUUUUUACCUUUUUGCAGCAUAGGCCGGUUUUCUUUCUCUGUGCCUCGAGUCGCAUACUAUUUAUUAUACCUUAUACUACCCUUUUCAGCUAUUGCCCCUUCAGGAACACCCUCCCCUUAGCUUUUUCUUCUUCUGCACAAGGGUGACUUUAUAUUUCUAUCAUCUCUAUAUUGUCUGUAUACUUAACAGACAUCACUAUUAUACUAUGCCUUCGCAUCGAUUUAAAAAUAUAAGCAGCGGCCGAUCCGCUAGGAACACUUCCAAUAACUUUUUAAGCUUUACUGCUGGUCCAUCCUACCACUAUGGGAAUGUGUAUUCAUCGUCAGAUAUGGCACAUGUCGAGGAAAGUGCCAAUGACCUUGCCCAUGUUGACAAGCGCUCAGCCCACAAUGCCCUUGAACGCCAACGCCGUGAAAACCUCAAUUCCAAGUUCCAACAACUUGCGCAUGCGUUGCCGUCUUUACAAACUGUGCGUCGCCCUAGCAAAACUGUCAUCGUGGCCAAGUCGCUGGAGUUUGUCUCUUCCUCUGUUAACCGAGAAACAAAAUUUCAAAGUCAAAUUGAGCACUUACGCCGUGAAAACGAGCGACUUCGAGAUCAAGCGUCCAAAACCAAGCCCCAGCAGCGUCACCAACAACAACAACAGAACGUGGCGGGCAGUAUCUUCGACGGAACCAUCUCAUCUUCUUCUUCGUCUGCUUCUUCGAUACUCGAGCAACAACAACAACAACCAAUGUAUCUGUCACCUGAGUUAUUGCUGAAUACGAAUGGAGCAGCUACCAUUGACCAAAUUGCUGUCAUAGGCACCGAUACGACUACGGCAGCCUACAACAGCAAUAGUACGGCGACCCAACUAUCGCCACCACCGUCACCUACACCUGCUGUACCACUUUCCACCAGUAAUAGCCACAGUAACAUAAAAAACGCUACUACUACUAUUACUUGUGAGGAAAACAAGACAUCAUCAGCACCCAGUACUGAGACUUCGCCCAAACGUAAAGUUUCCUCGACUUUCGAAAGUGGCAACAACGACGAGCCACUGAAACGAGAGAAACGGUCGCCGCCGGCAUGCUUAAUGGAAAGCAUCAACAUGACAAUGACCCCGACAACCACGAAUGAAAAGCGAAAGAUGCGACAGAAUUCAACAUCGUCAUUGGAUGCAAGCUUCAUGAUGAUGACUACCACGAGCGAUGCUGUACCACCCCCGGACCAGAGCGCUGCUGCUGUAGUAAGUGCUAUGGCUGAGCAACAACAACAACCAACACCACAGCCAGCACUACUAAGACGCCGCCGUUCUUCUGCCCAACAGCAGCAAAAGGCAGCUCGUUCCAAUUUCCAACAUCAGCAACAACAGCAAUACCAAGCAGUGGUUACGCCCACAACCUUCAUGCGUCGGCAGCAACACCAACAACAACACGUAAUGGUGCGAACUCCAAGUGGUGGUGGUAUGAUGCCGAACUAUAUGACGGGACAUCGAGGCUAUUACGAUCAUCAGCAACAACAGCAAUUUAUGAUGAAUAUGGCAGCUGCUGCUGCCGCCGCCGCCACCGCUGCGGCUCCUACUACGAGUGGACCCGAGCACUUGGAUGCACAACAGCAACAUCGUCAGUACCACCAACGGCAACAACAACAACAACAUCAGACACAGCACCCUCAUCCUGCUGCUGCUACUUUGAUGGUGAAUAAUGGUAGCUAUCCUCAUCAUCUGACAAUGAUGGAUUUAAGAUACGACAGCGCGCCGACACCACCAACAUCGAUGAUGACGACGAUGUCUCCGGGAACGACAGCUUUUAAUAUGCAAGAUGCCAAUAAUAGUAAUAGUAUGUCAGGUGCUGCCGCUGCUGCGGCCGCUGCGGCUAGCACUAUGUCGACAUCGGUGGUUGCUCAGCAGUAUCAACAGCUCAUGGACAUCCCAUCCAUGUAUCCACCACCGUACUUUCAGCAUGAUCCUAAUGAUGAUUACCAUGGCUUCAAUUGGCCAUAAUCAUGCCCACUACUUAUCAGUGCUUGAUUUGAAACAAACAGCUUUCGAUUUUUCUUUUCCUUAUUCUUUUGCUGAAUCCGU